AACACUUGUUUCUUUCUCAUGUUCCCCAAACAGACCAUAGUCUCAAAUGACACAACUGUCCUUCUCCUUCUCUCCACCGGACAACAUCGUAAUUUGUCUCUUAAAAACAAUCAAUCUCCCUUCUUCUCUUCUUCCUCCUUUCUCUUUCGUUCUCUUCCCUUUGCGCAUAUUGUUUUUUACCUUCCUCGGCAUCAUCGGCCACUAGAAUCCUCCAUAGUUCCUUGUAGAUUCCUCCAUGGCCACCCUCUCAGCUUAUCCUAGCCCUAACCCUAACCCUAUUUUCCUUUCCCCUUCCGACAAAACCAACCACAACCCGGAAUUUCUCCCUCCGAUGCAGCAUCAUACUUCUCCUGACCUGGACCCCAACCCCACUACCAACCCUAACCCUAACCCUGAUUUCCACACUACACCUUCGACCCCAUCCGAUGUGUUUCCUCCAUCUACGGCUGUUUCAUCUCUUCUCCACCUCUCCUUCAAUCAGGACCACGGUUGCUUCGCCGCCGGAACUGACCAUGGCUUCCGGAUCUACAAUUGCGAUCCAUUCCGCGAGAUCUUUCGCCGAGAUUUUGAUCGGGUCGGCGGAAUCGGUGUUGUCGAGAUGCUUUUUCGGUGCAAUAUUUUGGCUCUCGUUGGCGGUGGACCUGAACCGCAAUACCCGCCAAAUAAGGUUAUGAUCUGGGAUGACCACCAGAGCCGAUGCAUCGGUGAACUUUCGUUUCGUUCCGAAGUUAGAUCGGUUCGGCUUCGGAGGGAUCGGAUCAUUGUCGUUUUGGAACAGAAAAUUUUCGUUUACAAUUUUGCGGAUUUGAAGCUACUGCACCAGAUUGAGACCAUCGCGAAUCCAAAGGGACUCUGCGCGGUGUCUCAAGGGGCCGGGUCCUUGGUUUUGGUUUGUCCUGGAUUGCAAAAGGGGCAGGUUAGGGUGGAGCAUUACGCCUCGAAGAGGACUAAGUUUAUUAUGGCUCAUGAUUCAAGAAUUGCGUGCUUUGCACUUGCGCAGGAUGGGCAGUUGCUUGCUACCGCGAGCACGAAAGGGACACUUGUUCGCAUUUUUAAUACGGUUGAUGGUAGCUUGCUGCAAGAGGUAAGGAGGGGUGCAGAUAGAGCUGAAAUUUAUAGUUUGGCAUUCUCUCCAAAUGCCCAGUGGUUAGCAGUUUCAAGUGACAAGGGCACCGUUCAUGUUUUUAGCCUUAAGAUCAAUCCUGGAUCUCCAGGCACUGACAGAUCACGAAGUGCAUCUGACCCCGUUACGUCACCCCACUCCUCUCUUUCUUUUAUCCGAGGAGUGUUACCCAAGUACUUCAGCUCAGAAUGGUCAGUGGCCCAGUUCCGCUUGGUUGAAGGUUCUCAGUACAUUGUUGCUUUUGGUCACCAAAAGAAUACAGUGGUAAUUCUUGGCAUUGAUGGAAGCUUCUACCGGUGCCAAUUUGACCCAGUGAAUGGUGGGGAAAUGACUCAGCUGGAAUAUCACAACUUUCUGAAGCCAGAGGCAGCAUUCUGAAGAGUUUUAAAUUUAUUUUUCUAUUUCUUGGCCAUAUGUUGUAUCUUCUACAUUAUUACCGUCUUUUGUUUUUUUCCCCUCCCCCGUUUACCUGUAAUUCACCUAAUGUAUUUUGUAAUUUGUAAAUAUACAAGUAUAGAUUUGUAAAGUUUGUAACUGCUUACUCAAAAAAAUAAAUAAAUAAAUAAAUUUAACCUGUUCAUAGUUUAA